UGCCUUGACCAUGUCACCUACUCGCUGUCACAAUCCAAGUCGGCGGUGUCAGCAGCUACUCCCAAACCCAAGAAAGACGAUAUGUACUCGAAGUUGAAGGCGGACCGGUCGAUCGUGCUUCUGAGCUGCCUUGGAAAGCUCUGUGAGAAGGCGCUGGCGGUGCGACUCCGCUAG